CCCCGCCACCACAGCUUCAUCCGGAAGGAUGUCCGGAAUGACGUCCAGAAGAAUGGAUUGGUUUCAUUGCAACCGGUGUUUCCGAAAAGAUGGGACCCAUUACUUUGUCACCAGCUGUGGCCAUAUUUUCUGUAAAAAGUGUGUGACUCUGGAAAAAUGUUCUGUUUGUGGAGCUGCCUGCAAACAUCUGGCUAUUUCUGAUAAUCUGAAACCUCAGGAGAAGAUGUACUUCAAAAACCCUGUGGAGAAAGCUUUGCAGCAUUUUAGUCACAUCUCUCAGGUGUGGCGUUUCCAGAAAAAACAAACAGAUCUCCUCAUCGCCUUUUAUAAGCAUAGAAUUACAAAGUUAGAAGCAGCCAUGCAGGAGGCACAACAAACAGUGACCAGCCAGAACAAAGAGCUGUCAGUUUUAAGGAAAGAGAAUGAAGAACUAAAGAAAUUUCUAGCCAUCCUGAAGGAAUCACCAAGUUGGUACCAAGGAAGCAGGCCAACCACACCUCGACCAGUGGGCAUUACUUCCCCAACACAGUCAGUUACUCCAAGACCCAGUUGUCAGCAUAGCAGUCAAGUGGUCAGCCGGUCCUCCUCAGUGGAGUCUAUCCCUUAUAGAGUGGCUGGCUUUAGUAGCAGCGUGGGACAAGGAGCCAGAGGCAUUCAGGGAAGGAGCACUCCCAGAGACUCUUAUACUGAAACCCCUUCACCAGCUUCCACUCACAGCCUAUCAUAUAGAACUUCAUCUGCCUCCUCUGGACUAGGGGUUUUUUCUUUCAGACCACCCCUGAAUAGUGGGGAUUCAGGCCACAUACAAGUACUCACCCCCAACAAUUCAGGUCAGAGGGAGAGUAGAAGCGCACUAGAGAGUCUUCCUGGUUUUCAGCUACCAGCCCUGCAGACUCUCUACCAACAAAGGCAGAUGGAAUUAGCCAGGGGGAGAGAAGCAUGGACCAUUCCCAGAUAGAUCAUCUUCAAGGUCUGAUCUAUACAUACUGCUGAAGGACAGACUAACAUCCAAUACCCAUUAGGCAUGAUGGCUUUAGAA